AUGUUGCGAUCAUUCGAUACGAUGUUACUUCUCUAUAGGUCGACAUCUGAAACUCCACAGUUGACCACUACUGACAUACAGAUUCCUUCAAAAAGAUCAGUCACGUCGACCGAGCAGAGUCCAGAUCCAGUAACACGUUUAACAGAGCAUGUGAAACUCGUCAAGUAUCAAACACCAAGCAAACGGAUUGUUGUGGAAUCUCCCUCGCUUUGUUGCAACGAUCUCCUCGGUCUCAGUCUCGAAUGUGUAGAUGGAAAUUUUGUCGAUGAAGGUAAAGUCCUACGAGAGAAGCCUUUUCAACGAAAUAUCAAUGUUCUCAUCGCCUCUCUCAAUGUAACAUUGCCAUCGAAUGCAUUGAAUAAAUAUACAAAUGUCAAAAUCGAACAUGGCAUCUUACCGGAGUUACCAAAUCAAUCGUCUACAACUGCUGUUAGUGAUACUCAGAAUGACGGUCAUCUUCUUACUUAUCUAAUUGAAGCAAAUACAAAGAUUAAUUAUCUUUUUAAAGAUUUCAACAUAUCUACAUUACAAAACUCGACAACAACUUUGAAAGAAAUCAAUCAACGAAUUUUAUCCUUAGCAGAAAACAUCAAUCCAUCGUCUGAUACCGUCUAUCGAGCUCAAAUAGUAUCAAAGACAGAUUUAAAAAUGUUACAAGAUAAUUCUAAUAAUCUACUCGCUAUACAAACAUUCGUUUUAGCUUCACGUUCGUUUCAAUCUGUAGUUGACAUUUGUCGUCGAGCAGUCGAUAAUCAACUUACUGUAGUUCUCUUCGAACUAAAAUUGCCCGAUAAAAUUUCGGUGGCACAGUUGAACUCAGAUACAUUGGUUUUCAGUCUUGGCACUCUCUUUCGAGUUAUUUCAACAGAUGAAGAACCUGGAGGUGUGUGGCGCGCACAACUCGAGCCGGCCGAUAGUGCUAUGGAACGUAUUAGAAAUCAACUUCGAAUUGAGAUUGGUGGUCAUCUUACAUGGUUAACAUUCGGAAAUUAUUUGACUGCUUUGAAACGAUAUGAUGCUGCUAAGAAUUACUACGAAUAUCUUUUACUCGUACUUCCAUUUGAUCAUCCAAGUCUUGCUUUUAUUUACGAUAACAUGGGUUUGAUGUAUUCGGAAAUGUCCGAUAAUGAAAGAGCAUUAACAUUAUUUAAACAAGCAUCUAAAUUGGACGUUGCCAAUCUACCAAUGCCAGUUGAACAGACAAAAUUAUUGAAUACGAACUUAUCAUGUCCAGAAUCUUCUUCUAUCGACAAAAUGACAAUAUUUAACAAAAUAGCAGAAAUCAAGUAUCGUGAAGGAGAUUACGAAGCAGCACUUCACUAUUAUCGUCAAGCACUUCAUGUUGCAACAGAUUCGGCAUCAUUGCAGUUUUUUCAAACUAAAAUUGAAGAACUUUUAUCCAUUAAAGAUACUCUUGGUUCUAACAAUUAG